UCAUCUUGCAGUGGAGUUACAACACUUAGCUGUCAGGCUAAUAUCACUCUGCCUGCUUCCACUCUCCUCUCAGUGUAAUUAAAGCCUCGUCAGAGCGGCAAGACUGAGCAGACUGCACCCCAUCAGAGCUCAGUCAAUACAUGGACUCACAUGCAAUACAUCACAUGUUAUUAGGUUUUGUAUAGUUUGGCUUUUCGGCAUCACUCAUAUUGUAGUUUAUCCACUGUCCGCCUCUAAGCUUGUUGGCAUCAUGGAGCACAUGUCGUCUCCGGUUCGGUUCCGCAGCGGUAAGAGAGCUGCUACUUUCUCAGAGAACAAGACCAGGUCAACAGGACGGUGUGAGCACUGAAGACAUUUGUAGUGUAUCUCCUGUAAACCAGGUGUGGAGGCCUGGUUGUCCAAAGUGCACAGGGUAGCAAAUGGAGGCCCUCUGUGAGGAAAUGACCAGUGAGGAAACCAAAGCAGUUGUGGAUGGCAUGUUGUCCAGUCUGUCCAUUGAGGACCAAGAGGACACUCACUUUCCAUACGCCAUGAGGGAUCUCCCUCCCGUCUCUCAGCCUGGCGAACAGCACCAGGCACCAGUCCACCAAGAGGCAGAGGAACCUGGGACAGCAACCAACGGAAGACUGCCCAGCCUCCCUGGGACUCCCUCCCUGCCCCGUCCCAUCCCCUGCCACCCUCCUGGCUCUCCAACAGUCCCUCAUAGACCAAGUCGUGCGGGAACAGAAAGAGAGUUUCACCCACCGCCUCUGAGGAGGCAGCUCGUCUCUCAGGUGUCUGUGGAUUGUCCACUUAGCCCGGCCUCACGUCCACACAGCCCUUGGGGACGCUUUGACCCCUAUGUCUCUCCAGAGGAUCCAGACAAGGAGUAUGUGGGUUUUGCCACAUUGCCCAACCAGGUUCACAGAAAGACAGUGAAGAAAGGUUUCGCGUUUACGCUUAUGGUGGCAGGGGAGUCUGGCCUGGGUAAAUCCACAUUAAUCAACAGCUUGUUCCUCACUGACCUCUACAAAGACAGGAAGGUUCCCAAUGCACAAGAACGGAUCGAUCAAACAGUCGACAUCAUCAAACACACAAUUAGCAUCGAAGAGAAAGGAAUCAAAUUGAGGCUCACCAUCAUAGACACACCAGGGUUUGGGGACGCUGUCAACAACACAGAAAGCUGGAAGCCAAUAGAAGACUACAUCGACCAGCAGUUUGAACAGUACUUCAGAGAUGAGAGCGGGUUGAACAGAAGGAACAUCCAGGACAACAGAGUCCACUGCUGCCUCUACUUCAUCUCUCCAUUUGGCCACGGUCUGCGACCUCUGGAUGUGGCGUGUAUGAAGGCCUUGCAUGAAAAAGUCAACAUAGUUCCUGUAGUGGCCAAAGCUGACAGCCUGACGCAAGCAGAGGUCUACAGAAAGAAGCAGAAGAUCAGAGAGGAGAUCAAGCAGUUUGGGAUCAACAUCUACCAGUUUCCUGAGUGUGACUCAGAUGAAGACGAAGACUUUAAAAAUCACGACCAGUUACUCAAGGACAGCAUCCCGUUUGCAGUGAUUGGGAGUAAUGUUCAGAUGGAGAGUGAAGGUCGCAAGUUCAGGGGUCGUUUCUAUCCCUGGGGUUUUGUAGAAGUGGAAAACCCGGCUCACUCUGACUUCCUGCUGCUGAAGAACAUGCUGGUGACAAUAUACAUGCAGGAUCUGAAGGAUGUGACGGCAGAGACACACUACGAAAACUUCAGGGCCCAGUGCAUCCAGAACAUGACACGCAUGGUGGUGCAGGAGAGGAAACGCAGUUUGCGUGAGAAGCAUCGAGACCAGAGCGAAGCAGAUUUUCCUCUGCCGCUGGCUGCCUGUGACACCGAGACAGAGCGACUCAUCUUUGAAAAAGACGAAGAGUUGCGGAGGAUGCAGGAGGUGUUGGAGAGGGUUCAGGAGCACAUGCAGCACAACCAGAGAGGUGGCUUCUGACCCCCCCCCCCUCCAUAAUUCCCUGGAAGAGGAGACAAACAAGGAGCACCCAGGAACGCAGAGGUGGCUCCGUUUUAUAAUGCGUGAUGAGCAAAAGAUGGAACUUAAUAAAAGGAAAGCAGCAACAUUUCAGACCUGAGUGUCAACCGAGCUGAUUGGCUGAUCCAACUUGGCUGACAGAAGGCUAAAGAAAAAAAAACAAGCAGACUUUACACUCAAACUCUGUUUAAGUAUAAAAGAUUCAGCCACGCAAACUCCCAUGCUUGUGUGUUCACAUGCAGCCAGGAGAUUCAUGUUCCAGCCUUAAGUCAUCACAUACUCACAGGCGAGUUCACAGAAUCGAUUGCAGCUGCUGAUAGCACCGGAAAUUGCGCAUCAUUUGCAGCCACUAUCUGCCCCAUCUCAUGGUGUCGAUUCACACAAGAUAUUGCGCUAAAGAUACUCCAGGGAAAACAUGCCUUUUACGUUUUGCAGCUGAUUGCAAUUUUUUUUUUUUUUUUUUUUUUUUUUACAUCUCAUUGCAAUUAUUUAUGUGACAAAUCUAAAUUUUGCUGUUGUACCAAGAACACAGUCGGCACAAGAACAGCAGAGAGAAAAAAACCCCCUGAAAUGUUCAGACCACUGACCAACGAGGUGAAGAAGCAUUCCUCAAAACUCAAGGCAAAGAAUUAAAAUGUGAGAGAGAGAAAACAUUGUUGGUCAGUGCUGGGCGUGACACCCCUUUUAAUGCACUUCACCUACCACCAACUCACUGAAGACCAAUUCACCUUCACCCAAUUUUUGAGUUGCGCUGCUGCUAAAAUUACUUUAAUUCCAUUAGUUACCUUGAGAAAGAUGUAACACUGCCAUCUAGGGGUCUUUGUAGUGAUGUCAAAGUUUGGUUUGUAACCUGCAUUUUUUAUGUUUCAUUACUUGAGUCAAUUGUAUUCGAUUCUUGUGUCUUUUUGCAUUUUUUCAUUUUUAAUUUACUGUUUCGUGAGGGCGAGAAAGUCAAGAAAAUCUAAAUAAAAAAGCUCUAACUAAAUGAUGUCUGUAUUUUUUUACACAAGCCCAAUAAACACAGGAGCAAGAUGUGUUGUAAAUGUAAUAAGAUUUAUUAAGAAUCUUUAUUAUUUCAUCAGCAUAAUUCUUCAUCAUUAAUAUGUUUUAUCCGUUAUCAUCAUUGUUAUCUUAAACAGUGGACAGUUAGAUCUAAAAGGCAGCCCAAAGUGUACAGGCGAUAUAUAACUUAAAACUUUCUCCAUAGGGAAAACAUGUUUUUAUAUUCAUAUAUAAUAUCAAUGUAGCAUGAGGUCCAAGAUCCUGCCCACGUUAUACAGUAUUGUACAUGGUCCCAAAAAUAAACAGGAAAAACAAAACGUUUAAACAAAAGAAACUAAACGGCAAUCUACAUGCAAAACAAAACCAAAAAGAAACAAGCAUAAAUUUUUUAGAUACAUACACUCAUAUGCCAAAACGUGCAUACGAUCACAAAUUUACAAAACUUUCAUACGUACAUACAAAUAUUACAAAACUCAAAUUGAAUAUUAGACAUUAUUAUGUUAUGAAGAAAAGAGCAUCAACUUUUUUUUGUUACUUUUUUCCACUCCACCAUGUCUCCACGUCUCAGUCCAAUUCAUAAAAUGGAAAACUUAAAAACAAUUUUUAAAAAACAACAAAAAAACAAUCAUGACGAUAAAUCUUUGUCUCUUCCAUUCGCUCAAUGUGUUCGUGUUUUGCCAGAGUUGUCACAGUGUUCAGGAAAACUGAGUAUAGGCACACACGAUAGCACCCAAACAGGCUCAUACCGUAAAUCACCUCUGUGUAAAAAAAUAGCUUGCUUGCUACACGCACACGCACACA